AUGUUGGAAGGCGUGUCAUCUUGCAAACUGGACUUUUGUGAAUAUUGUGUUCUUGGAAAGCAAAGGAAGGUAUCAUUCACGAGUAGCAGUGCAGAUAACCGAAGCAAGGAGCAACUCAGCUAUAUUCACUCAGAUGUUUGGGGCCCUGCACCAACCAAAUCAAAUGGUGGAGCCAGGUAUUUUGUUACUUUCAUGGAUGAUUUUUCUAGGAAGGUUUGGGUUUAUUUCAUGAAGCAGAAAUCCGAGGUUUUUGCAAAGUUCAAGGAAUGGAAAACAGAAACCGAGAAUCAAACUGGAAGAAAGAUCAAGUACCUGAGAAGUGACAAUGGAGGUGAAUAUACAAGUAAUGAGUUUACUGAUUACUGCAAGCAAGAAGGCAUCACAAGGCACUUCACAGUAAAGAAGAAUCCCCAACAAAAUGGAGCUGCUGAGAGAAUGAACCGAACUCUCAUGGAGAGAGAAAGGAGCAUGCGAUUUCAUGCAGGAUUGCCUGAUAGUUUUUGGGCAGAAGCUGUUAAUCAUGCAAGUUAUUUGAUUAACAGAUCACCAUCUACAGUUCUCGGUUUUAAGAGUGCAGAAGAGGUAUGGUCUGAGAAGCCGGUGGACUAUUCCAAGCUCAAGGUAUUCGGCUGUAGUGCUUAUGCACAUAUUCCAAGCGAUGAAAGGUCCAAGCUCAAACCAAAGUCUACACAUUCCAUAUUCUUAGGUUUUGAGAAAGGAGUGAAGGGUUUCAAGCUUUGGGAUAUCAACAACAGGAAAAAGGUUGUCAGCCGAGAUGUUGUCUUUGAUGAGACAACCAUGCCUCUGAAUAAAGUCGAGAGCAGUAGGGAGAAGAAAGACGAUGCUGAAAUUGAAGCAACAAAGAUUCCGCUAAUCAGUUCAGACGAAGAAGCUCAGGUGGAGCAAUUUGAGCAAGAUGCCGAAUCUGAUGGUUUUGAGGAAGAAGAUGAGCAUCAGCAUUGUUCACCAGUUAGGAAUCAAGUGGAGCAAGAAAUAGGGCAGAUUGAAGGCACUCUAAUCCGCCAGACAUCCCAAAGGGUUAGAACUCCAACCAACAAUCCACCUGCAUUCCAGAGAUGCAUAGCACUGGACAAACCUAAUCGGAACAAGAAGAAACCUGACAGGUUUGGGUUUGACCAAGACGAAGUUAAUUAUGCUCUCAACAUUAGUCAAGGAGAUCCAACUACUUAUCGAGAAGCUAUAGCAAGUGAUGAGCGAGAUAGUUGGAUAAGUGCUAUGACAGAAGAAAUGGAGUCUCUUUACAAGAACUCUGUUUGGGAGUUGGUUCCUAAGCCCAAAGACAGAAAGCUAGUUGGAUGCAAGUGGGUAUUUAGGAAAAAGGAAGGACUACAUGAACAAGAUGCCGUGAGAUUCAAAGCAAGGCUCGUGGCUAAAGGGUACUCACAAAAGGAAGGGGUGGAUUAUGAUGAGAUUUUUCACCCGUAG